GGUUUAGGCUGAUGAGAGAUGGUUUACCCUAGUCCUCCCUCCAGAGCGUAGUUAAUCAGCCAGAAUGGCAGUUCGCGAAGAGUCGAUUCCAGCAACCCAGUAGAAUCUUGGAAUACCCAGCACCCAGCAGCAGUCGUUGAGCCAAUCUAGCGCUUACUGCGCGUAAGGUGCUCGUUCGUGCCAAUGACGGUGAUGGGUUGUGGAAACAUUCAGUGCCAUUCUCAUAUUUCAACAAUAAGCGCAAAUGUUCUAAGCCACUGACGAGAAUAACGAAUUAGUAGGGUCAGCACAGCCCCGUUCUCGCUGACCCGCUGCUACUUCUGCUUAGUACCCAUAGGCGUUUCGGUAUAGUUCACUACUGUCCCUGAAUAAACUCAUUCUCCAACCUCAUCCAUGGCCGGUCGAGAUGAGUGCUACAGCCCGCUAAGCUACAGCCCGCUCAGCAGCCCCGUUUCUAGACACUACUUUAACGGGGAUGGAGACGGCGCUACAGCCGGCGGGCACCACCGGAAGGACUCGGGGCAAUUGCUAGACGAAGCGUGGGAGACGCUGGCGGACGAAACUCCGCUCUCCGUCCCCCCCCAGCACGACAUUGUCCCCCGAUCGCGCAGCAGUACUUCCCCGCUGCACGCGCGCCCGGGGGGAACCUCGUCCAAGGUCAGCGAAACCGACUUGCGAAAUUUCGCAAAUUUCGUCAGGACGAAGACGGUUACGGAGUCCGCUGGAGGGGGAAGCGCUCGCCCGUCGAGUGGGGGGGGCAGCGGCGGAGGGGGGAAGGACGGGUCAAAGUUCCAGCGCCUCUGGUCGUUUCGGAACGGCGCGCGCGGAGCGGAAGAAUCGGGGGAUGGCGGAGGCGGAGGCGGAGGAACAGGGGGAAGCGGCGGCGGGGGAAGCGGCAGCGGAGGGGUCGCGGAAAGCAAGGGGGGGGGAAGCGGGAAGAAGGAGCGGUUUCUGGAGCAGGUGAUUAAAAGCGGCGGACAAGCCGCUCGCGUGUGGAGCAAUCAGCGUCGCCGCAGCUUCGCGGAAGACGACGCGCCAUCGCCGAUGCGCUCCGCGACAUUCACGCGCGCUACGAUCAGGGCUAGUAGCGGCGCUAGUACGGGCGGAAGCAGCGCUGGCGGAAGCACCGGCGGCGCUGUUCCCGCAUCCACGUCGGCGGACGACGGGGAAGAAUCGUUCCCCGACUUUUUCCGCCGGUCCGCAACAGUGUGCACCUCCGACGCUGCUGCGCUCGAGCUGGCGCAGCAAGCUAACCAGUAUCAGCAGCAGCAGCAGCAGAACAAGCUUCAGCUGUCGCAGCAGCAGUGGGCGGCGUCCGGUUCCGCGCGCGGGGGCAGCGCGGACUCGCCUCCGCAGGACCCCCGCAGCGGCAGCGCGGGGAAGACACGGAGCGGUAGCCGCGAAAGGGUGCGGGGGGAAGCGGCCGGCGACACCAGUAGCGCCAGCGCGGGGAAUCGAGCAGAACAGCGCAGCGCUAGCGGCGGUGGCGGCGGUGGCGGUGGCGGUAACGGCGGAAGCAGUGCUGCUAACAGCUCUCCGCUUACCGCCCGCCCUAGGUCUCCCGCAUUCGCGCGUCCCAGGUCCCCCAUAUGCGCGCCGUCGCGUGCAGCGGCGGCGCCGGCCGCGCCGCCGAAAGUGGCGUACUUUUCGUUCGAUCGGCACCGGGAAGCGGUGGCGGAAGCGGAGCAGCAGGACGCGGAAGAGGAAGCGGCGUUCCGCCAAGGGCGCGUUCGGGAGGCGUUUAAGAGCGCCAGUGUUGGUUCCAGCAGCGGUGGCGGCGGCGGCGGCGGCGGUGGCGGCGGCGGGAGUGGUGGUGGCGGCGCUGGUGGUAAAUCGAGCGGAGCUGGCGGAGGCGCAGGUUGGCCCGCGGAAAGUGGCGGAAACGCGGAGAGGAGCGCGCAAGUUCUGCGACGAGGGGCGAACGGGGGGAGCUUCGAAAUUGUGGCACAGGCGGGGGUAGUCGGGGGCGCGGGAGAGUUUGGUAGCGGGCGGCGGAGCGGGGUGGUGCGGGGAACAAAGGGAGAAGCCAGCGCUCGUGCGUGGGAAGUGACGAUCGCGCAGGAUGGUGACUAUGGCGAGGGGAAGGAGGACGAGCGGGAGUUGACUCCGACGAAAGAUCUGUCAUCGAAGCAUCGAAGGGGCUUCAGGAGUCGCAGCUUCAGUGGGAUCGGCACUCUCAAUGGGACCAACUCCCCUGAAGCCCCCACCCUCCCCCCUUUCCCCUCCUCCUCCUCCCCCAACCCCGGAAGUCCUCUUUCUUCCGACCGCCAAGCACACUCCCCCCGCCCCUCCCUCCCCACCUCCUCCUCCUCUUCCUCCUCCCGCGUCCGCCCGCCCCGCUCCUCAACAGCUGUGCUUCUCCCCCCUCACUCCUCGCAAGGUCACCAUCACCAUAGGCCCUCGAUCCCCCAUCGUCGCACUGUUUCUGUUGACGAGCAUGGUGUGGGUAGGGCUUUAAUGCAGGCUUCAAUAGAAGAACACCAGCAACAGCAUUCGCGUGGGUACGGUGGUAGCAGGGGGGAUUACGAUGUCGAUGCUGACGACGAGUCUCCCGGACGAAGUCUCUCCUCGGAACGCCCGCUGGCUCGGCGGAACCGAACCGAGGUGACACGGCGCCGACCCUCCACCGCUAUGCCGGACGUGGGGGGCGGGGGAGGUUUGGGAGACGGGGCAUACCGGAGGUCGAGGAGUGUCGGGCACGGGUACGAGCUGUAUUUACCCCCGAUUUCUGGGGGUAUUGCUGGGGGUAUUGGUGGGGCUGGAUGUAUUGGUCCGCCCGUGGGGGAUACCUGGCCAGCGGGAGGCGGGAGGGAGAGCGGGAGGGAGGGGGUGAGGCGGCCUAGAAAGUCACAUUUGAGGAGGCCUAGUCUCGGAGGGGAGGGUUAUCAUGAUGGUAGAGGGGAGAGGGAGUCAGGGAGUGGAGGCGGACGAGGGAGAGUUGGAGGGGAAGGGGAGGAGGAGAUUCGCUUGGAGGAAAGGGAGAGGAGAAGGGCUGAUUAUGGGCGGCAGCAGCAGCAGCAGCAGGCACAACAGCAACAGCAGCAAUAUGGUGAUAGUCGGUCACAGCAGCAGCAGCAACAGCAGCAGCAGCAGCAGCAGCAGCAGCAGCAGCAGCAGCAGCAGCAGCAGCAGCAGCAGCAGCAGCAGGGGCAGCAAAAGCAGCAGCAGGCGCAUGGACAUGAAAGGGCAAGGGGGAGGUCUCACUCGUUCAGAGACGUUCCCCAUGAGCAGGGGCAGGGGCAGGAGCAGGAGCAAGGGCAGAGGCAGGGGCAGGGGCAGCAGCGGCAGAGAGGCCAGAGGGGGCCAGAAAUGCGAAACCAGCUGGACGAUUCGCACUGCCCGCCUGCUCCUGUUGCGUCAGCCAGGCUGGAAUGUGAAUGAUGAGUGCAAUCUGGAAAGUGGGAGAUUUUAGCUUGCCUACAUAAGUCCAACAGUCCUUACAUUGAUUUCAACCUUUUUGGAGCUUCAAGCUCGUUUUUUUAGUGGUAGUAGUGGAAGUGAAGCUUCUGCAAACGUAAGUAAUUGGUGUUUUUUAGCGAGUAUGUCUACAACGGCU